AUGUCCUCAGCCGGGGGCUUGACUCGCCGACGUGGCGGCGGUCGAGCUGCCGACGAACAAGACGACAGCCGAGUAUCCUCGCCUGUGUCAAAAAAUGGUUCAGCAGUAGAGAACCGUGGUCCAGAGACUUCGUACACCAGCGCAGAAAAUGGUCACAAAAUCGCAUUUGACCCCCGCGAUCUCAGCGAGACCGAGGAGCGGAGCAAACAACCGAAGCUUACCUUAAUGGAAGAAGUUCUAUUGCUGGGCUUAAAGGACAAGCAGGGUUACCUGUCCUUCUGGAACGAGAACAUCUCCUAUGCCCUGCGAGGGUGCAUUGUAAUUGAACUCGCGCUUCGCGGGCGGAUAAGUAUGCAGAAGGAUUCGUCGCGGCGACGCUUUCCCCUGGCUGACCGUGUGAUCGAGGUUGUUGACGACACAUUAACUGGGGAAGUCUUGCUGGACGAGGCGCUGAAGAUGAUGAAAUCGAGCGAGAAGAUGAGUGUGAACUCAUGGAUUGAUUUGAUGAGUGGCGAGACAUGGAACUUGAUGAAGAUUGGAUACCAAUUGAAACAGGUGCGCGAACGUUUGGCUAAGGGACUUGUGGAUAAAGGCAUUUUACGAACCGAGAAACGAAACUUCCUCCUCUUCGACAUGGCAACGCACCCCGUGGCCGACGGUGGUGCCAAGGACGAUAUUCACAAACGUGUGCGCAACAUCUGCAGCAACCGAACUGUCAUCAUCCCUCCUUCCCCUUGGCUUCCUGAGGAUGCCGAGUUCCGCUAUCUUCGCACCGUGACAAUGGUCUGCGCUGCAUAUGCGGCCAACGUGCUGGAGAAUGCGUUAGUUACUAUGAGCCACGAAUCGCGCGAGAGAGCCUUUGCACAGGUGGAUGAGCUGCUGGCGGAGUAUUCGCAAUGGCCGUUUGGCCGACGGACUGGUGGCUCUCAGGCGAUCGGUGCCAACCUGGCUCAGGUGAUCAAUGAUGAGGUUACUCGUGGCAACAAGGAUCGAGAACUUCAGCUGGAGAUUGUUGCCGCAUGCUUGAGCGUUUUUACCAGGCUUGAUUCUUUACUUUAA